AUGAGCCCUUCACAAGAUGGAAACAAACUUUUCUCCUUUAUCCCAGGUUUUUCUCCGCCCUCCACACACUCAGCAGCCUGGUUGGAGUUGAGGCUCGUGGGUCCAGUGACCAUGAGGCAAGCGGUGGAGGCUCAGGUGUUGAACCCCCACUGUGAACUUGGAGAACACGGUCUGCGUCAGAUCCUCACAGAUGUGAUCGAGGAGGUGAGAAAGUCAGUAAAUCCAGACAUCGAUGGAGCGGAGAUCCUCCACAGUCUGCUGAACGCCUCCUGGCUGCAGUCGCUACUCAAGGUUUAUGAGUGUCUCCAAAGAUACCUGAAAAACUCACCAGCACCUGCCCUGGACUACGCUUCAGGCCUCUCACUUCAGUUGCUGAUCGACAUCCGAUCGUUGCCAGGCUGUUCUGAAGAUGCUAAAGAGCUCUACCGCCUCCUGAGACAGCCACACCUGCAGGCUCUCCUCUCUGCUCAUGAUACGGUGGCCCAGAAGGACUAUGAGCCUGUGCUUCCACCCAUGCCUGAAGACCUACCAGACGACGAGGAGGCCACCAGGAUCGUCUGCCUGGUGAAGAACAAACAGCCUCUGGGAGCAACCAUAAAGAGAAAUGAGAUCUCAGGGGAGAUCUUCAUCGCCCGGGUGAUUCAUGGAGGGCUGGCAGAUCGAAGUGGUCUUCUGCAUGCAGGCGACAGGAUCGUGGAGGUGAAUGGUUUUCCUGUAGAUGGGAUGGAGCCUGAGCAAGUUAUACAAGUUGUGCAAGCCAGGUCACAAGGCACCAUCAUGUUCAAAGUCAUCCCCAUCACAGAAAGGCCGGUCCACAACCAGACGAUGCUGUAUGUGAGGGCCAUGGCAGACUACAGCCCGCAGCAGGACCCAGCCAUCCCAUGUGCUGACGCAGGUAUGAGCUUCAGAAAAGGUGACGUCCUGGAGAUCGUAGACCAGACAGACGCCCUCUGGUGGCAAGCCAAGAAGCUGCCCAACAACACAGCCUGUGCUGGCCUCAUCCCCUCUACCAACCUGCUUAAACGGAAGCAGAGGGAGUUCUGGUGGUCUCAGCCUUAUCAGCCACAUGCCUGCAUACAGACCUUGAGCACUGUAGAGGAAGAAGAAGACCUGAUGGCCCUCGAUGAGAAAUGUGUAGAAGCAGAUGAGGAGGCUUUUGAAUCUGAGGAGCUCAGAGAAGAGGAGGAUGACUUCAGCAGCAACAUUGAAAGCAUCUAUCUAGCGGGCUUUAGGCGCAGCAUGCGUCUGUGCCGGCGGCGCUCUCACAGCACCACCCAGCCAUCCUGCCACACCCGCUGUCCCAGCAGCUGCUACAGUGCGCUCAACAGUCCCUAUGAGGAGGUGGUGCGGUAUCAGCGCCACCCGCAGGACACACACCGCCUCAUCGCCCUCAUAGGUGCAUCAGGUGUAGGUGUAAAUGAACUAAGAAGGCGAUUGAUCGAACUGAACCCAAAUGUCUUCCAGGGAGCCAUACCUCACACCACGAGAGCACCCAAAGGAUACGAGGAGUCUGGCAGAGAAUAUCACUUCACCAGCCGAGAAAUCUUUGACAACAUGGUUUACAACAACAGGUUUCUUGAGUAUGGCGAGUACAAGGGGAAUCUCUACGGCACCAGCAUCGAGUCUGCCAAGGAAGUUUUAAACAGUGGGAAGAUCUGUGUUGUUGACAUCGAGCCACAUGCGGUUCAAGCAGUGAGGACCCAUGAGCUGAAGGCCUACGUCAUCUAUGUGAAGCCUCCAUCUCUGGAGCGCCUCAGGGAGACCAGAGAGAAAUCUUACAUCACCACCAACUACUAUGUCAACCGCCCCUUCAAAGAUGAAGAUUUCCAGGAGAUUGAGGAAUCAGCCCGUAAAAUCGAGUCUCAAUAUGGACAGUUUUUUGACCACAUCAUCGUCAAUGACGAGCUGCAGGACGCCUGUGUCGAGCUGCUAACGGCGGUGAGGAGGGCACAAGAUGAGCCACAGUGGGUCCCAGCCAGCUGGAUACGGCCAACCACCGAGUCGUGAAGAGGACACAGAGAAGAGUCAAGGAAGCUGAGAGGGCUCGGUCCACUGUUAUUUCUGAAAUCUUGACAUGUGAUUCAAUUUUAUUUCCAUAGGGCAUGUUUUAGAGGAGGAGAGCAUGAAAGAAAUCCUCUAAAUCCCCAAAGAUAAGAUGGAGCUGGACUAAAGCCUGAGGAAACUGUGUCGGAGUUUAAAUAGUAACUUCAAAAUUAGAGCCAACUGGAAUUACUAGAUUAGAAGCAUGUGUUUGGUGCUAGAGUUAACAAUGAAAAACAAUGAAAGAUCACAUUAGGCAACAAAUAUAUCAGUUAGAAAAUGCAGAGAUUACUCACUGAUUAAAAACAAUGUGUUCUACUUUGGACACAUCUUUAAUUUUGAACGCACAAAAAUAGUCAAUUCAUGGCCCUUCUCUCUUUAAACUGUGAUUUCUCUUCAAUGUUGUGUACAGACUAGAAAGGAAAAAUGGUUUCUUGUUGAUAAUUCCGUUUUCUUUUUGAUUGUAAAUUUUGUAAUUUUUGAGGUUUCUGUGUGGCAUUACAUUUCAUCAAAAUAAUCUGUUAUGGGCCCGAGGAAUUAAA